CACGUCAGACUGGUAGUAGACUACAGAAGAGCGGGACACGAGCAGUUGGGUGGAGCGGCGUCGCGUGCUGCUGCGGAAUACGUUCGAUAGGUCGGUUUGGCUGCAGAUGCGGGUCGGUGAGCGCGCGAGGCGGCGGUAAUGGCGAACGGAGACGGGCGGUGGUGCGCUGCCUUGUGAGGGGGCACAGAGUAGACACACACUCGCCGGUUAGUAACGACAGGCAGGCGGGAGGACACAGGAGGAAGCGGGAGCCAACCAUGGAGGGCUCGGAGCCCGCAGAAGACGGCUUGCUCGCUGGUUUACGGUGGAACCGGAGCGCGCGGGACCAAGCUCAGCUCAAACACAAAAUCCGGGAUCUACCGGGGCUCCUCAAGCACGGACUGCACCUGCGGAAGAAGAGCCAAUCACCUGACACCAUACCUGGACCAAGCACUGGAUCCGCCAUACACAAGUCCUGCUCACAGAGUUUCCCGUGUGCUGGACGAGCUGUGAGGAACGCCUUCCUCUCACACGGGCCGUACCCGACCAAAGACAAGAUACACUUGGCCAGGAUCAUACGGCGAAGCUAUGUGGGAGUGGAGCUGGUGCAGUGGCUCUGUGAGCAGUGUGUGUACGUGCGCUGUCGGACGACUGCUGUGCGUGUCUGGCAGGUGCUGCUGGAGCUGGGAGUCCUGUUGUCUGUGGACCAGAGGGUGGUGUUUUCAGACUCCAACUCCUACUACCAGUUCAGUUUUGAGGAAUGUGACUCCCCGUCCUGUGAGUUUCGCUCCAAUGAGGGGGAGUGGCCAGAAGCUGUUAAGCUCCUCCUACAACUUGCUCCAUAUGUCCAGUUCCGGUCUGGUGGUGGAGCCAACAGCCCGUCAGACGAAGACUCUGAAGGCAACAGGGACAUCUGCAGUGAGAUUCUGCAGAUGAAAGCUCUGGAGAGACUAACUUCUACGGUACAAAGCGAGUUAGCAGCUGCUCUCGCCCGAAAGACUCGCAAAGCAUUAUCAGAGCAGGGCUCUGAGACGACAGAGACAAGCCACCAGAAGUCUGGCACACCCAGUGAGGAGAGCAGCCCGCUUGGCGGAGUGUGUGCAUUACGGGAUGGCGGUGGCAGCGGCAGUGGAGGAAUGGGGAACGGAUGCAGCCGUGAGGAGCUGACCAGCCGGCUAGGACUGGAGGCUGUGCAGCGACUGGCCAAAGACGGCUGUCGGCUGCUGCAGAACCACAACUACCGUCUACCAGACAGGAACCAAGCGGAGGCGUUGGGGAGGGUUUGUCUGAAGGAGAGGGGGAGAGACGUAUUGGUGUUGCAGAGGGUAACAUCGUCAGUGACACCGUCGUCAGACCGGCUCUCGCCUACGUCGUUGGGGGGCGGGUCCAGAGAGGAGGACUGCAAUAAGAGGUAUGUAGUGGUGUCGGGAACGCCGCUCAAGAUCUUGGAGCAUCUCCUCAGUGAUCUACGGCUGGAUGACCAAAGAGGAACUCCAGAGAACAGAGAGAGCGAAAUGCUGCUGGAUGACUUCCUGUUGACCUACCUGGUCUUCAUGUCCACUCAUGACCUCUGCCAGGCGCUGCUGGGACACUAUAGCAGCGCUCGCUGCAGGGGCCAAGAGGAGGGCAAAGAUGCCCUCUUCAGGAAGCGCAAAGUACUGCGGCUAGUCUCUCAUUGGAGCCGGCUUUAUAAGGACUUCCUGAAGGAGGAGGAGGAUGUGAGGAGUUUCAUGAAGACACUUUACAGGUGUGUUUUAGAAGAUCUGUACGAGUUUCCUACUCUGGAAAAGGACUUGAAAGAGUUACAGAAACAUCUGCGCCGCAGACACACGGUGGAUGACUGUCCUCCACACCAAAAGAGUAAACAACUGUGUCAGCAGCUGAGUUUAAAGGAAAACAGUUUACAGCAUCGUAUUCCACCAGCAGAUACCAGAGAAGUGAUUUGUUGUGUGUACGUGAGUGUGGACUCCUACCUAAGUGUCCACACUCAUCCUGCACUGGAGGCCCACGAGCUGCAGCGGAUUGUGAGCCUGAAGCUGGACAGAGCAGAGGAGGACAUGGUGCUAGCUGUGGUGUCACACACCGGAGAGCGUCGAGUACUGCAGCCCAGUGACUGUGUGUAUUCAGAGUCUCUGACCCCACAGGGAAGGCUUGCAGCCUGUCACAGAGACCUCACAGAGAUCCUGCCUCCUCUGAUAGACUGUUGUGAGUUGAGCAGGAGGCCAGUUCGACUCUUAGGCAUCAACACCUGGGAUGUAGCAGCAGCGCUCACACACCUGGACUGGAGCCUCUUCAAAUCCAUUCAUGAGCAGGAGCUGGUGUACUACACUCUGAGCCGAGCUCCAGGUGCCGGUUACACUGCAGCGCUUUCGGUUCUCCUUCAGCGUUGCAACGAGGUCCAGCAGUGGGUCAUGUCUGAGGUUCUCAUGUGUGUUUCCCUCAAUAAGAGAGUCCAGCUGCUGAAGAAGUUCAUCAAGAUCGCAGCUCACUGUAAAGCCCAAAGAAAUCUGCACUCUGCGUUUGCCAUCAUCAUGGGUCUUAACACAGCCGCCGUCAGUCGACUCAACCAGACGUGGGAGAAAUGUCCAGGGAAGUUUAAGAAGCUGUUCUCAGAGCUGGAGCUCAUCACCGAUCCAUCUAUGAACCAUAAAGCCUACAGAGAGGCUUUCAAGAGGAUGAAGCCUCCCAAGAUUCCUUUCAUGCCUCUCCUGCUAAAAGACAUCACCUUUAUCCACGAGGGAAAUAAAACCUUCCAUGAUAACCUGGUCAACUUUGAGAAGCUGCGCAUGAUUGCAGACACGGUGAGAAUGAUUCGCCACUGCCAAAGCGAGCAGCCAGGCCACGAGGUGAUUGGGGUGGACAGUGCAGAGGUGCGGGCGAGCGUUCACUGCCUGCACAUCAUCGACAAUCAGCAAACGCUUUUUGAACUGUCGCACAAACUUGAGCCUCGAGCCUAAAUCCACUCCCAACACGCACAAGAUACUGGACGGACACACACACACACACGGACACACAGUGUUCAUACAACCAGCAGUGAUGUCAGAUAGACAAGAAGGACUCAGGACUUCCUAGGAUGGACAUGAACUUUCUGAGGAUUUAUAAACUGUGUGAACCUGUGUGGACGUUCUAGAGGGACAGGAUCUGUGAACGGGAACGUGGUUGGUCCAUACAGAAUCCGUACCUUUCUUCUCUGUAUCAGUUGGUUGUUUAUGAACCUGUUCUGGUUUCACCCUGAACAUCAACAAGAACAUUUUCAUCAUUUCAAACCCAAAAAUAUUGUAAAAGUUUUUGAUUGGUUGAGAUGUCCACCAGCGUGUUCCCACCUGCAGACAUGUUCUAGUCCUGGAGACAUCAUGUUUGUGCUUGAGCCAAACGCUCCUUAAUGGCUUUCAUUGUGCAUGUAUGCAGACGAUACAGAACUGUGCCUAGUGUGGACCUAAACACUUUCCAGUGCCAAACAUCUUUGUUGUUCUAGGACCACGAGGUCUCAUCGCUCAUGUAACGUGAGCUCAUUCUCACCAACUGAAAAGAGCAUCUGUAAUGGGCUCAUUUAAACUGUGAGAAGGUGCUGCUGACUGAAGAACAGACUUUCUGCUUCAAAAAUACAUUCGUUUUGACUUUCUAUAAAAAUAUCAGUUUUCCAUCCACCUGUUUUCAUCCCCUUAUCAGAGGUUGGGUUGUGGGGGCAGCAGCCCUGACCAGAUGAAUAACACAUUCCCUCCAGCGUGUCCCUUGUCACCACGAUACAACACCCGCAUCACUGCAGAACCAGCACCAGUCUGCUCCAUCUUUCUGUCACUCGUGAACAAGAACCAGAGACACUCAGACUCCUCCACCUGGAGCAGGACCUCGUCCCUGACCUAGAGAAGACAUUCUACGCUUUUCUGACUCUUGAGAUGUGAGAAGCAUUUCUUAGUUCUGAUCACAGAGGGGGACAUCUGUCGCCUUCAUACCAGCAGGUGUCAGGUAAUCAGUUGUGUUCCCAGCUCCUGUUGAUCCCUUUGUUCUUUGACUUUUAUCAGAUCUAAAGUGGAGAUAAAGUGCAAUAGAUGCCCCAACAAGUGUUUGCUAACAUUUCAACACAAACUGAGUUGGUGUUUCCCAGCGGUUUCUGUGCCAAAGGCCCGUUUGGUUCUUCUUUGACCGUAUUAAACACUUGAUUUUAUUGACUUCUUUGCUCAACUGUUUUUUAAAUUGGAACUAGUUUUGAGAUCUUGAAAUAAAAUGGACUUGGAGGAAAAAUCCCUCAAAAGCAUCCAGAUAUUUGAUGUUGAAGAAGUCUCACCUGUGAACGUAAGAGCAGCAACAAAAGGCUGUGCUUUGAAGCCACUGUGACCUGCAUAUUCUCUGUUGUGCAUUUGGGUUUAAUUCCAUUGCAACCACUGAGAGGUGAGCUAAUAUUAGCAACCUUUCAUACUACGGUUUUUUUUUAUUUCUGUAGAAAAUCUUAUCGCCUCUUGUUUUUAAAUUUUUGUCUGAUAAUGAAAAGUCAGACCUAACCUGUUUAUGUUCAGAGUGACACAAACACCCCGUGGUCCCUAUUUAAACUGUACAUGAUGUACAUACACACCUCCGAUGAUCAUGAUCAAAAAUAUUGUUUUAUUGCUUAUUUAUUGAACUGUGUGUAUUGUUUAUUUAUAGUGAUAAAUGUCUUGUUUUGUGCCAUGUUCAGAGGUUUUAUUCUGUAGAGGUGCUCACUAGAAGAGAGAAGUUGCAACGCUACAAAGUUCAAUAAUGUUUGGUGUUUUAUGGCCACCAGGGGGCAGCAGAGGUGCAGGAGAAGCCUUCUGCUGUCCAGUAGCUGAGUGGGCAGUUAAACAGCAGGAGCUGAACUCAGUGUUUUGUCAUUAAAAAGUAAAGUUCUGGUUUUUUUUUUUUUUUUUUUUUUUUUUUUUUUUUUUACAUAAGCAUCAUUGUAGAAAAAACUGUUUGCAUGAGUGGAAAAACAAUUCACAAAUUAAAAGACUGAUUUGAUGAUUUGUACUAUUGUAAUAUUGUUUGUGUAAAUAUAUGCCAAUGUUUAUUAUUUGUUGUAAAUGGAAAAAAGGUCAACUAUAAAGCAAUAUGUUUCCCCUAGUCCCCUUCAACCCUCAGCUGAAGUCUUUUCUAAAGCUGUUUUACUAUGUUCGAUUUUACUGAAAAUGAAUAAAUUAUAGGUUUUAUGUGACAUCUA